AUGUCAAAGAGAACAGUUGAAGAAAUUGGUGAAGAUAGAGUUGUAUCUGCUAGAUUGGGUGAUAGCAACGGCCCAUCUAACGUAAAAAACAAUGGAGACGUUAAUAUGGAUGUUGAAGAUGAUGGUCAGUUUAGUGAUGACUAUGAGACUGAUGGUGAAAUUAUAGAAAUUGAUGAUGAAAUGGAUGAAGAUGAUGAAAAUUUAGAUGCCAAAGAAUACUUUGAAAAAAAGCAAAAACAAGCUGAAGCUGCAUUAAAUAAAGAAAACGAUCAAGAUCAGCAACAAAGUACCGGUCCUCAAUUAUAUUUGCCUAAUAUUUCACGCCCGUUGGGUCCUGAUGAGGUCUUAGAAGCUGACCCUACCGUUUACGAAAUGUUGCACAAUGUUAAUUUACCUUGGCCUUGUAUGACUUUGGAUAUUAUUCCUGAUACCUACGGUUCGGAACGUAGAAAUUAUCCACAAUCUAUUUUAAUGACUACAGCUACACAAGCUGCCAAGAAAAAAGAUAACGAAUUGAUGGUUUUAAAAUUAUCUCAGUUAUCAAAGACUUUAGUUAAGGAAAAUGAAGAAGAGGAAGAAGAUGAGGAUAAUAGUGACAAUGAAUCCGACCCAAUUUUGGAAGAUGAAAACGUUCCAUUGAAAGACACUACAAAUAGAUUGCGUGUUUCUCCAUUUGCUUCAUCUGGUCAAGAGGUUCUAACCGCUACCAUGAGUGAAAAUGGUGAAGUUUAUAUCUUUGAUAUUGCUCCUCAAUCAAGGGCUUUUGAUACCCCAGGUUACCAAAUUCCAAAAACUGCUAAAAGACCAAUCCACACCAUAAGGAAUCAUGGUAAUGUUGAAGGUUAUGCUCUAGACUGGUCUCCAUUGAUUAGAUCUGGUGCUCUAUUAACUGGUGAUUGUUCCGGCCAAGUUUAUUUCACCCAAAGACAUACUUCAAAAUGGGUUACUGACAAACAACCAUUCACGGUCUCCAACAACAAAUCCAUCGAGGAUAUCCAAUGGUCUCGUACUGAAGCUACCGUUUUUGCAACUGCUGGUUGUGACGGUUAUAUUAGGGUCUGGGAUACUAGAUCUAAAAAGCACAAGCCUGCUAUUUCUACAAAGGCAUCCAAUACAGAUGUUAACGUUAUUAGUUGGAAUGAAAAGAUGGGAUACUUGUUAGCAAGUGGUGAUGAUAAUGGGACUUGGGGUGUUUGGGAUUUAAGACAAUUCUCACCAUCUAAUGAAAAUGCUCAACCAGUAGCACAAUAUGACUUCCAUAAAGGUGCUAUUACAUCGAUAAGUUUCCAUCCUACUGAUGAAUCUAUUGUAGCAGUUGCCUCUGAAGAUAAUACAGUAACACUUUGGGAUUUAUCUGUCGAAGCAGAUGAUGAAGAAAUUAAGCAACAAACUGCUGAAACUAAAGAAUUGGCACAAAUUCCUCCACAAUUAUUGUUUGUCCAUUGGCAAAAAGAAGUCAAAGACGUUAAAUGGCAUAAACAAAUCCCUGGUUGUCUAGUCAGUACAGGUACCGAUGGUCUAAACAUCUGGAAAACUAUCAGUGUUUAA